GUAUGAUCAUAAUCACAAUUUUUCAAUAAAAAUAUAUAAAAGGAAAGUAAGUGGAGUAUCAAAAUUUGAAUAAGAAAAAAGGGUAUAGUGAGAUCCAUCAAAAGCGCCCAAUGAGAGCGAAGCCGGUGACGCUACUUACGCGUGACCGUCAACUAUCAUUUAUUUUCCCGUCUUCAGCACUAUAUAAAGCGGAUGGAUAGUUGACAUCCUCUAUCAAAUCCGGACAUUUUCGCGAGAAAGUGAGAGAUCGAGAGAGAAAAUACUUCGCAGGGAAUUAGCGAGAUCCUGAAAUUUUCCUGCGUUUUCUCUCUUCAAUCUUCUCCGGCUACCUGAUCUAUCCGUCAUCAUGACAACAUCAAGGCGUCUUGCAGAAAGAAAGGUGGAGAAGUUCCAAAAGAACAUAACAAAGAGAGGAGCUGUGCCUGAGACAACCACAAAGAAGGGGAAGGAUUAUCCUGUCGGUCCUCUGCUUCUUGGGUUCUUCAUAUUCGUCGUCAUUGGAUCAUCUCUCUUCCAGAUUAUCAGGACAGCGACCAGCGGAGGUAUGGCAUAAGUCUGCACUUCUGAUGUUAAGGAAUUGCGAGGAGACUGGUCAUGCAUUGGGCUUUGCUUUUCUGUUAGUUUUGUAGGGAAAAACUGAUGCUAUAUUUACUAGAGAUAUAUGCUUACGAUGUGAAAUGUUUGGAAUUUGAAUAAGACCUCCCCUUUAGUUGUCUGUUCAUUGUGCUUUGUCUGCUACUUUUUUCAUUUAUGCAAUGAGAUGGACUAAAUACCGAUAUAUUAGUGGUUGAA